CAGUCCGAGUAGCUACGUCUGCAGUUAGAAGCAAUCGCACCUCUAGUAUAGUUCACUCCUCAGUCAGGUAAAAUGUCCCUCAACGGGACGUACACUAUUCCUGAAGAAUUUCAAUCACUAUAUGCGUGGUGGGGGAGCAUUCUUAUACUAGAAAUGAUGGUGUUGAUUUGGUUCACUGGCCAGACUCGAGUAAAAACACAGACAAUACACAGUGAAGAGGACCGAAGGUGGCUCGAAAAUCCAAAUGUCACUCUUCAUCCUAAUGGAGGAGGCCAUCCGAGUGUUCAUCGGAUUCGGAGCGCCCACUUCAAUGACUUGAAAAUCAUCUUACCGUUUUUGUUGAUGACACCUAUUUGGCUGACGACAUCACCGCAUCAGUUCAUCGUCAAAUGGUUUAUACGUUUAUUUUCAAUGUGUAAAAUAUUUGACACUAUUUGUUGCAUGGAAUUGAUCAAGGCUCCCGGAGCAUCCACAGUCUUACUUACCAUCUGUUAUGGUAUUUUAUGUUAUAUUGGUAUAAGCUCAUGGUUAUUCUAUUCAAUUCUUCAAGGCCAUUCCAUCGAAGAGGCAUCUACAUUGAACAAUGUGAUCAGCUAAAUUUGUGAACG